UUCUACUGUACUUGUGUGAUUUAAAAGCUUGCGGAGAUCCUCAGAGAAAAAGCACCGACGUUAGACGAUAGACGAAGCGCAGCGAUUAGUUGCAGUUGUAGUAGGUUCGUUUUGCUAAUCAAAAUCGUCAAUUCCUAUCUAAUCAACCCGACUAUGGCGACCACAGAGGUAGAGACGAUCCGAAUGGAAGGAACGCACGGGGAGACUUGUUCAGCGAAGACGAUGAAGCAAGGCGAGGGUUUGAGGCAAUACUAUCUCCAGCACAUUCACGAUCUGCAACUCCAAGUUCGCCUGUCGACUCACAAUCUCAAUCGACACGAAGCCCAGCGUAACGACUUCAAUUCCAGAGUGAGGAUGCUUAAGGAAGAAUUACAGCUGCUUCAGGAGCCUGGAUCAUAUGUUGGCGAAGUCGUCAAAGUUAUGGGCAAAUCAAAGGUUUUAGUGAAAGUUCACCCCGAAGGAAAAUAUGUUGUUGAUAUUGAUAAAAGCAUUGAUAUUACUAAGAUCACACCAUCAACUAGGGUUGCCCUCCGUAAUGACAGCUAUGUUCUUCAUUUGAUUUUACCCAGCAAAGUGGAUCCUCUGGUCAACCUUAUGAAAGUUGAAAAAGUUCCUGAUUCUACAUAUGAUAUGAUUGGUGGGCUAGACCAGCAAAUUAAAGAGAUAAAGGAGGUCAUUGAGCUUCCAAUCAAACAUCCCGAGUUAUUUGAGAGUCUUGGAAUAGCUCAACCAAAGGGAGUCCUGCUUUAUGGGCCACCCGGUACUGGGAAAACAUUGUUGGCCAGGGCCGUGGCUCAUCACACUGAUUGUACUUUCAUCAGGGUUUCUGGUUCUGAGCUAGUUCAGAAAUACAUUGGAGAGGGCUCUCGAAUGGUUAGAGAACUCUUUGUGAUGGCCAGGGAACAUGCUCCAUCUAUCAUAUUUAUGGAUGAAAUUGACAGUAUUGGAUCUGCUCGGAUGGAAUCUGGAAGUGGCAAUGGUGACAGUGAAGUUCAGAGGACUAUGCUGGAGCUUCUCAACCAGCUAGAUGGCUUUGAAGCGUCGAACAAGAUCAAGGUUCUGAUGGCCACGAACCGUAUUGAUAUUCUGGAUCAAGCGCUGCUUAGACCCGGACGAAUUGACAGGAAGAUUGAAUUCCCAAAUCCUAAUGAAGAGUCUCGUUUCGAUAUCUUAAAAAUACAUUCCAGAAGGAUGAAUUUAAUGCGUGGUAUUGAUUUGAAGAAGAUUGCAGAGAAGAUGAAUGGUGCAUCAGGCGCAGAGCUCAAGGCUGUGUGCACUGAAGCAGGAAUGUUUGCUCUGAGGGAAAGGAGGGUUCAUGUAACACAGGAAGAUUUUGAGAUGGCAGUGGCAAAGGUAAUGAAGAAGGAGACGGAGAAAAACAUGUCCCUGCGGAAGCUGUGGAAGUAAAUGCGUUCUUUGUAUUCUCAUUAUUAUGUUCCUUAAGCGGACGAUACCCAAGGACCGAUCCAAUUGGUGUCCCACUCUUGGUGAAUGAAGUUACAUGUGCUGCCAGCUGCCUCUAGAUGUAAUAGUACUAUAUCCACUUUUCAAUUUUCAUUAAAUGACACUUCCAUAUCUUGUCGAAGAUGGUUUGAAAUGUUCACACUAGCAUAUUCUGACUGGCAGGAUGGUUACCUAGUUUGUGGAAUUUUUUUUAAGAACCAUUAAUAUUGGGCAUUUAGAAAA